AUGACUCAGACACAGUACAACGAGGACAUGGACAUGUUCAAAAGUCAGUCCUCUCUACCUCUGGGAUAUGUCGAUUCAUCUGCCGCCUUUCCCCUCGCUGGCGACAACUAUGUAUACCCACAGUUUGGUGGAGGUCGGUACCAAGAUCCAGAAGUCAAGCUGACACCCUCAAGGUUGAGAAGCAAUCUGAAGGCGACUGCACGGGACACUGGGGUUAUCAAGGGUGCCUUCGCUCGAUGCCAGAGAGGCCAACAGCCUUCUGCAGCAAGUCAAACCUCUGCGCACUCAGGUGCCACAGCUUUGGACCCACCUCACAAUGAUAACACCACCGCAAGUGGUUCACUCACUGUUGCCCCUGGCACCGGUGGCAGUCGUGAACCCUCGCCGUUUACGUCUGAUCCUGCUGCUUUCCAACCCUCAGCCCCCGCACCUCUUCAAGACAUGUUCUACAGCUCUAUUGGUGAGCAGCCUGCUUGGACAGGUCAACCAGCAUCCAAUAUGUUUGACCUCAUGGGUGGCGAUUCACUCAAAGCGUUACUCAGAGACCAGGGUCCAGGUCCUUCGGGCUUCACACAGGACUUCUCCGGUGAAGUUCCGCUGUUUGAUCUUCAACAACCGCCUCACUUCCUUCCUCAAGAUUCUCAAGCUCCUCUUGCACCUCCACCUUCCCCAAAAAUUAUCCCACCUACACCGCUGAAUGACGCCAACACACACACCCCAACUCCAGGGCCAAGUCAGCAACUUGACUUGAGUCACUACUCUCCUGCUGCUGUUGUCCGCAAACGGUUUCCAGAAGAAGCAGAGGAGCUACCUGUCGUGGGACGCAGAUCUAUGGAGACUAAUGCUGCACUUGAUGCAGGGUUCGCAGCAGUUGAUCAGACCCUGCUUGAGUUAUCUAGGUCGACCACAAUGCCAGUUCAUCAAGUGAUCAACCUCUUUAUGAAGAGCCGUGGACGCAAUGCAAGCAGCAUCAACUAUUGGAAUCUUUGUUCUAAUUACUUCAAGGAUAAUUCUAAGCAGGAGCUCGCUCAACUUCGUCAAAAUAUUCCAGCUGGCGAGCGCACUCCAAGUGUGACGGUGCGGAAAGAAUGCUACAUGAAGUUUAAGGAACAAUUCCCCGAUACGUAUCAAGACAUCCUUGAUACCCAUGAUGAGUUGUCAUCACUGGGUGGGUUGCCUCAAACAAUCAGUCAAUGUGCGCAGGCAUUCCAAAGGCUUCACAGAAGGGUGACAAAUAUAUUGGACGUUGCGUCUAUAAAGUUCGGCUUAGAAUCAGCCAUCGUAAUGUGUAGGAAAAUCGUCAACCAGGACGCUUCACUCGGUCAUGUACACAUGACACCUGGUGCGACAGAUUUCUUUCUGACUCGAUGCCGCGCAGACGAUGACAGUAUCAUCGGUCACCUCAAAGCACAAGUUUAUAACAAAAUAUCAUUGUCUGCUGUGGAGGACACAUUCAUGGACAAUGAAGAUGAUGAUGUGGCGUUCUCCAAGGACCUUGACUUGAAGGAUAUAGAGGAUCAGACUUUUGACCAGCAGGAGGGCUGA